CCGAUAGUCGCGAGAGCACAGCGCUCCGCUGCGGUUCGAUAUCCCAUAUAACGUUGUACAUACCACAUAUAAUAAUAUAUAUCGUCGUUCGCAACCAUUAACAACGCCUGAUCAUUGAUACAUAUAGUUGUCAAAAGUGUGCGAUUCAUCGUCUCUUUCUUUCUCUCUUUAUCUCCGUCUCUCAGCGAGAUGACGAUUGCGGCCAGGGAAACCGAUUGAGAGGCACACACGGAUCCACGAGUGGCGGAGUGCGUUGUACAGUCAAGUAGCAGUGACCGGACGCACGCAUAAUAAUAUUCAGCAGCAGCCAAGAGAGAAAGAAAGAGAGAGAGAGACAAGUGCUAAAAUACUACAUGUAAGGAGGCCCCCGGAGCUGCACAGAUAGCUCUCUCGCUGUCUUGUGAUUUUUCAACCUCGGGGAGUGUCCAGCCUGGAGAGCUCCGGGCUGACUUAUCUUUCAAAAUGUUGCUCGUUUUAUGACACACAGGCAAUUCGUUAGUGAGCGGGCCCCAACUGGGCUGUGCACCCAACGAGGGCUUAAAGGACUCUAGCGAUCAAUCGCAGCAGCAGCAGCAGUCGUCAGCGCCGCUAUCGUUUCUGCCCACAGCAGCAGCCGUAGUACGCCGUCGACGACGCAAAUCCGUCAUCUCGGCGAUCGAGAUCGGAGCCCGUGCCAGCCUACUGAGCAACAGCAGCAGCGUCGGCACCGUCACGCCGUCGCAGUCGCAGCAGCACAGCAGCAACAGCAAGAGAUCGAGCCUCCUCGUCGGAGUGGCUUCUUCUGUACCGGCUGCCUUGGAGGCGCAAGAGGGUGGCGAGCAGCAGCAGCAACAGCAACAGCAGGAGGAGGAGGAGGAGGAGCGGAGAAGGCAGACGCAGUCGAAUCAUCAUCGCACGAUAAUCCAAGGGCCCAAGGAGGUCCGUGGUUACGAGGACAACAGCAACGACGACUCCCUCACGACAUCGCAGCACUCGCAGCACUCGCAGUUCGCUUCCUCAUCGGGAGCUCAGCAGCAGCAGCAGCAGCAGCAGGAACAGGCAGCAGCAACAGGAGGAGAGGGAGGAAAAACUGCAGCGGUGGCAGCGACCACGGCCAGCGCUACGAGCGCCGCUGCUGCGGCUACCGGCCAGCAGCAGUUGCGCCAAUCUAAUGCCAGGCGCAUGCCUUACCUCGGCGGGCCCCCCGACAUGACCAGCAACACCCGACUGUCAGCCAUGUUCUACACGGUCGAGGUCGGGGACACCAAGUUCACCAUACUCAAGCGCUACCAGAACCUCAAGCCGAUCGGCAGCGGGGCCCAGGGCAUCGUGUGCGCGGCCUACGACACGGUGACGGCCCAGAACGUCGCCAUCAAGAAGCUCUCGAGGCCCUUUCAGAAUGUCACCCACGCCAAGAGGGCCUAUCGCGAGUUCAAGCUCAUGAAGCUGGUCAAUCACAAAAACAUAAUCGGCCUGCUGAACGCGUUCACGCCGCAGAGGACCUUGGACGAGUUUCAGGACGUUUAUCUGGUCAUGGAACUGAUGGACGCGAAUCUCUGCCAAGUCAUUCAGAUGGACCUGGAUCACGAGCGAAUGUCCUAUCUGCUCUACCAGAUGCUCUGCGGCAUCAAGCAUUUGCAUUCGGCUGGCAUCAUACACAGGGAUUUGAAACCUAGCAAUAUCGUCGUGAAAUCCGACUGCACUCUGAAAAUCCUGGACUUUGGUCUGGCGAGGACAGCCGGCACGACGUUCAUGAUGACGCCUUACGUCGUGACGAGGUAUUAUCGCGCGCCCGAGGUCAUCCUCGGCAUGGGCUACAAGGAGAACGUCGACAUCUGGUCGGUCGGCUGCAUCAUGGGCGAGAUGAUACGCGGCGGCGUGCUCUUCCCCGGCACGGAUCACAUCGAUCAGUGGAACAAAAUAAUCGAGCAAUUGGGAACACCGGCGCAGGAGUUCAUGCAGAGACUUCAGCCGACCGUGAGGAAUUACGUGGAAAACCGGCCGCGUUAUCCCGGUUAUCCCUUCGAGAGGCUAUUUCCGGACGUGCUAUUUCCUUCGGAUUCGUCGGAACACAAUCGCUUGAAAGCGAGUCAAGCGAGGGAUCUAUUGUCGCGCAUGCUGGUCAUCGAUCCGGAACGGCGUAUUUCCGUCGACGAUGCUCUACUUCAUAACUACAUCAAUGUUUGGUACGACGAAGGAGAAGUUAACGCUCCGGCGCCAGGCCCCUACGAUCACAGCGUGGACGAGCGCGAGCACACGGUCGACCAGUGGAAGGAGCUGAUUUACCAGGAGGUCAUGGAGUACGAGACAAGUCACAACGCGAGCCCUUCGGCGACGCAAUCGCCUGACACGACGAGUUCUCGGUAGACGACGCUAAUGCAGCAUCGUCAUCAUCAUCAUCAACAACAACAACAACAACAACAGCAACAGCAGCAAGACGUGCUAGCCGUCGUCGGUAGCAGCAGUAGCAGCAGCGGUUUAAAGCCUGCCUGCAAUUCCGCCACGAUUGCCACCUGCUGUUCCGGGAACAACGCCAGUAAUCAUCUCGUCGCGAUGCUCAGCAGAAGCAGCAGCAGUAGUAGCAGCAGUGGCGGAAUCAGUCCCAGCAGGAUCAUCCAACAGAGCAACAACAUCGUUCACGCCAGUAAUUACGCGCAAUUGCAGAUGCUGCAGCUACGUCGACGUCGGGCAUUGAGGCCCCUUUUACUCGGCGUCGGGCUCGCCUACGCCCCAAAGUUACCACCAGCGCCCAAUUGAUAGCAACAGCGAGGAAAGAGAGAAAGAGAGAAAGAAAGAAAGAAGCGGUCCGGUGGAACGAUGAAAAAAUUACUCAAUAAUAUGGCAAUAAUAUGAUCUUCAUGCCUUGCGCGCGUGCUUAUUAUAUUGUAUAACCGAGGUAUACUUCGACGUACCUCUCAGAGAUGUUCCUUGAGACAUCGAGGCAACAAAAAAAAAUGUAUAAGUAACUACUUGAUCUCACGGGUUUACUAUAUAAAUAUUAUAAAUAUAUAAAUCGACAAAACACGUAUAGGUAAACAAAAAAAAAAAUUAUGAAAAUCUCUUUCUAUAUUGGCAAUCUAUUGUACCACAUUUUCGCGCAAUGAGAUGAUAAGUCGACGACAUUCGUUAUUAUCGAUACACAUACCUAAGCAUAUUGUACGAUGUCAUAAUACGGAGACGGAGGGAAUAUGCAAUGCGUGGCCAUAUAUACUUUUUAAGCAAUUUGGUCUUUUGAAAAAGAAAAGGAUAACGAGUCUUGUGAAUGCAAUCGAGAAGAAAUUUGUGUAUAAGCAUAUAGCAAUGCUCCAAAAAUGCAAUGUAAAAGUUUAAAACCAUCACACUGUGUAUAGCAUCCGUAGAUGGAUGUAAAAUUUUAGGAAGCCGAUGCGAAUGUAAUAAUAUCUUCGCGAAAAGAUAAAGAAAUAAUAAUGUGAAACACCCUGUAUUUUUUAUACACGAGCGUGUUUUCGAUGAAACUACGUCCAAGUACUUUAACGAUUAAAAAUUAUUAUUAUUAUUAUCAUUAUUAUUAUUACGAAAAAAAUUCAUUUAGAGCUUGUGCUAUAUUGUAUACUCGAGCUCACGCGCAUCUCUUUUCGACGCGAUCGAUUAUUAUCGUAUGAGUUGUGUACAAACAAUUUUUCAAAUAAAAUCAUGAAUAAAAACACUUCACACUGUGUAGCGAACGACCUUUGUUCGACGAUAAUAAAAA